UUCCGUGUGCCUCCCAACCCCCAUCAGACGCAGACCAGUGCCAAGCAGACUGGAUCCCUGUGGAAACGAGACGACCCCACUCACUCCGAUGGCCCCCGGCUACCCUGGGUAAAUAUACAAGAACAAAUACACCACCAGUGGGUUUCAGGGCUCAGACACAAGGCAGGCACUGGGCACACUACGUCAUUUCAACGUGGAUAAUUGGGUAAUAUUUGGUUGAUACAUUGAUCAAUGAAAUUCCAACCUAUUUUCACCCACUCAAAAAGACAGCCAAAAGUUUGUUGAAUUCCAAAUGUGUUAGCUAUCACUUUCAACCAUCUAAAAGCACAACCAAAUUCCUCUAUGUCUGAUUUUUGGUUCAGUUGUCACUGAAAUGUGUUAUCACUGCGCUUUCAACCAUUUAAAAGCACAACAUAGUUCAAAUGGGAAUACAAUGUCAGAUAUUUUGUUCAUUUAUACAACAACUUAAUGUGUUAUCCCUGUGCUAUAUCUAAUAGCACAACCAAAUGACCUGGAUUGCAACUGAGAUUAUUAAAGUACAUUGUGCAAGUGAUCAAUGCCAUUCAAGAUUCUGUGCAGAUUAUUAUAUAAAUUGUGAAGAUCGCCACAGACCUGCGACCUUUGCAUGCUAUCUUGAACAUGCAUGCUUUCUAUGAUUACAUAAAAUACAUUUAUUGUUACAGUAACUUCAAAAUGUGGCAAUUUUACUCAUUUUAAAGUUGAAUAAAUACUGUUACAUAAGUUUGUAAGAUAUUCUUAACUUUAGCCUAUGUACUGUAUUACAAAAGUAAUAUUGAAUUGUGUUUGGUUGACAACUCAACCAAAUAUCAACAUUUAAAGGAGAUAUAUCUACCGCUUGGGUAGUUCCAUCUGAGUCACUGGCUUAAUCUUAUUCUUUAACUUUUAUUUUAGGUUGAGAUGGAGAUGUGAAUCCAUCAUAUAUCAUUUGUUAACUUUUCGACAAGUUAAUAGGCUAUUUACUGUAUUGCAAAAGUGAUAUUGAAUUGUGUUUGUUUGUCAGCGCAACGAAAUAUCAACAUUUGAAGGAGAUGCAUCUUCAGCUUGGAUAGUUCCAUCUGUGACACUGAGUCUGGCUUUAAUUCCAGUUUGUCUAUAAAAUUAAUAGUUUAUAUGUUGGAUUCACGUCUCCAUUUCAACCAAAAAUCUAAGUGAAAGAAUAGCAUUGAAUCAAAUCAAAUCCAACUUUAAAUGCACUUUAAAUGCAGUUUGAUUUGAUGGGUUGUGGGUUUCCCACGGGGGGCCAGUAUGAAGAAAUGUAUGCACUCACUAACUGUAAGUCGCUCUGGAUAAGAGCGUCUGCUAAAUGACUAAAAUGUAAAUGUAAAUGUAGUCAUAUUCUUUAACUUUUUUGUUUAGAUGGAGAUGAGAAUCCAACAUAUUUUUUUAUUAACUUGUAGAUUCCAUUUGAAAUCAACCAAAGCUUGAAACCCUAAGCCUAUAGGUAUUGUCUAUUUUUUGUUGAAUCCUGGGUUGAAUUUAAACAAUUUAAACAAUUUAAAUGUAAUUGAAACAAUUCUUUCCAAAGUGUGUUAUGACAAUGUUUCGACCCAAAGGUCUCUAUUAUACUAUGAGUCAAAAAGCCUUUAUUACUUUACUUUGGCAUACUGAGGAUAAAGAAUGAUUCAUUAUGAAAGAUGACUCCCACACACACUUGCAUGUUUUUUCUCUAUCCCCUCACUUUCUUUCUCCCUCCAUAUUCCCCCCUUGUCCCAGUCUGUCCAUUCAUAUGUCUGUCUGCUUUUCUGUUCCCUCCUAGUCCCGCUUUCAUUUCACAACCAGACACACAUCACACACAUACUGUACUGUAUAUGCACUACCGGUCAAAAGUUUGGACACACCUACUCAUUCAAGGGUUUUUCUUUAUUUUUUACUAUUUUCUACAUUGUAGAAUAAUAGUGAAGACAUCAAAACUAUGAAAUAACACAUAUGGAAUCAUGUAGUAACCAAAUUCUUGACCGGUAGUGUAUAUAUACACUCACACACACACACACACACACACACACACACACACACACGUUUGUUUUACUAUCGUUGUUGGGACAAAACAAACUAAUCCUAACCCUUAACCUAAACUUAAGCCCUGAAUCUAACCCUAACUCCUAAACCUCUAACCCUAAUUCUAACCCUAAUUGUAACCCUAAACCUAACCCCUAAGCCUAAAAUAGCAUUCUUCCUUGUGCGGACCGGCGAAAUGUCAAAAUAUUCCUUGUUUUACUAUCCUUGUGAGGACUUCUGGUCCCCACAAGGAUAGUAAAACCAAAAACACACACACCUCACCCGCUCUGUUUCCUUUGGGAUCAGGUCAUUAGUUUUAUUGGCAGCAACAGUUCUGUUCACCUUGAACCUCUCAGCAGCAGACAGAGUUGAGCAACAUCACAGCACUGGAUUGCUCUCAAACAGGCCAGGCAGAAAACACACCACAUAAUAGAAUACAAACCCCUAAAACCUAUCAGAGUCUGAGAUCAAAGCUGUUAUAGCGUUAUGAAUAAAAAAACAUUUGAAUGUAGAAUCCAAAAUGUUUGAAUCGCUAUCCCACCACAAAAUAUGUUUGAUUCUUCAUGGCCUCCCGUGUGGCGCAGUGGUCUAAGGCACUGCAUUGCAGUGCUAGCUGUGCCACUAGAGAUCCUGGUUUGAAUCCAGGCUCUGUCGUAGCCGGCCGCGACCGGGAGACCUAUGGGGCGGCGCACAAUUGGCCCAGCGUCGUCCAGGGUAGGGGAGGGAAUGGCUGGCAGGGAUGUAGCUCAGUUGGUAGAGCAUGGUGUUUGCAACGCCAGGGUUGUGGGUUCGAUUCCCACGGGGGUAUGAAAAAAAUUAAAUAAUAAUGUAUGCAAUCACUAACUGUAAGUCGCUCUGGAUAAGAGUGUCUGCUAAAUGACUAAAAAUGUUUUAAAAAAUUCCCUCUUGGUUCAGUAGGCGAUUGACGGUAAAUGAGGUUUGGACUGUCCUUAGGUUGAUUUAUUCUUAUAUUGUGAAACCUGAACUAGUCUCACAUCUUUUAGGUUUGUGCUCGGUUGUAUUUGUUGAGAGAAAUAUACAGUGCAUUCGGAAAGUAUUCAGACCCCUUGACUUUUUCCACAUUUUGUUACGUUACAGCCUUAUUCUAAAAUGGAUUCAAUUGUGUUUUUCAUUCAUCAAUCUACACCCUAUGAUGACAAAGCAAAAACAGGUUUUUAGACAUUUUAGCAAAAUUAUUAAAAAUUAAAAAUUUAAAUAUCACAUUUACAUAAGUAUUCAGACCCUUUACUCUGUACUUUGUUGAAGGACCUUUGGCAGCAAUUACUGCUUCGAGUCUUCUUGGGUAUGACGCUACAAGCUUGGCACACCUGUAUUUGGGGAGUUUCUUCCAUUUUUCUCUGCAGAUCCUCUCAAGCUCUGUCAGGUUGGAUGGGGAGUGUUGCUGCACAGCUAUUUUCAGGUCUCUCCAGAGAUGUUAGAUCGGGUUCAAGUCUGGACCACUCAAGGACAUUCAGAGACUUCUCCCGAAGCCACUCCUGCAUUGUCUUGGCUGUGUGAUUAGGGUCGUUGUCCGGUUGGAAGGUGACCCUUCACCCCAGUCUGAGGUCCUGAGCUCUCUGGAGCAGGUUUUCAUCAAGGAUCUCCCUGUACUUUGCUCCGUUCAUCUUUCACUUGAUCCUGACUAGUCUCCCAGUCCCUACCGCUGAAAAACAUCCCCACAGCAUGAUGAUGCCACCACCAUGCUUCACCGUAGGGAUGGUGCCAGGUUUCCUCCAGACGUGACACUUGGUAUUCAGGCCAAAGAGUUCAAUCUUGGUUUCAUCAGAACAGAGAAUCUUGUUUCUCAUGGUCCUUUAAGUGCCUUUUGGCAAACUCCAAGCAGGCUGUCAUGUGCCUUUUACUGAGGAGUGGCUUCUGUCUGGGCACUCUACCAUAAAGGCCUGAUUGGUGGAGUGCUGCAGCGAUGGUUGUCCUUCUGGAAAGCUCUCCCAUCUCCACAGAGAAACUCUGGAGCUCUGUCAGAGUGACCAUUGGUUCUUGGUCACCUCCCUGACCAAUGCCCUUCUCCCCCGAUUGCUCAGUUUGGCCGGGGGUCCAGCUCUCGGAAGAGUCUUGGUGGUUCCAAACGUCUUCCAUUUAAGAAUGAUGGAGGCCACUGUGUUUUGGGGGACCUUCAAUGCUGCAGACAUUUUUUGGUACCCUUCCCCAGAUCUGUGCUUCGACACAAUCCUGUCUCGGAGCUCUACGGACAAUUCCUUCGACCUCAUGGCUUGGUUUUUGCUCUGACAUGCACUGUCAACUGUGGGACCUUAUAUAGACAGGUGUGUGCCUUUCCAAAUCAUGUCCAAUCAAUGAAAUGUACCACAGGUGGACUCCAAUCAAGUUAUAGAAACAUCUCAAGGAUGAUCAAUGGAAACAGGAUGCACCUGAGCUCAAUUUCAAGUCUCAUAGCAAAGGGUCUGAAUACUUAUGUAAAUAAGGUAUUUCUGUUUUUUAUUUUUUAUUUUCGCUUUGUCGUUAUGGGGUAUUGUGUGUAGAUUGAUGAGGGGAAAAAACUAUUUAAUCAAUUUUAGAAUAAGGCUGUAACAUAACAAAAUGUGGAAAAAGUCAAGGGGUCUGAAUACUUUUCGAAUGCACUGUAGAUGGAAAAAGAGAGAGGCAGAAAGAAGUUGUUUCAUUAUUAAUUGGCAACAUUGCAGCUCGCAUAUUGUCGUGCCAAUAAAUCAUAUUUGAAUAUGAAUUGAAGGGGGGGGGGGGGGGGGGGGCUGUUUCAUAUGAUAGCUUUAUAUGCUGUUGAGGCAAAAUGAUCUCAUUUUGUUGCGGCACACAAGACAUAUAUAUUGAGGCUCUAUUUCUUUUUUAUUUCUUUUUUGCUUUUUAAUCCACGUCAAUUAUUUUACACAGGCUUAUCUUGGGAAAAUCUAAAAUAGCUAUUGUGUUUGUCUAAACUUUUAUAUCAAACUAAUAAACAGUUACCAAAAAAAAAAAAAAAAACUCUAAUAAGAAAGUGCCUUGCCAGAUUAGGCAAAUGGUUUAUGGGUGCUGAGUGGAACAUUUUUAGGCAAAAUAAAACAAUAAUUAUUCAUCAUAAAAACUGUGUGUAGGCGGUGUGGGGCCCUUAAAUUGGUUGGAGGGAAUUCCCCAUCUCCCACCCGUCUACCACACACUUCAUCUGACAGCAUUAUUAAUGAUGUGUUGACUUGAUAUAAGUGAAUUGAAAUGAGAAAAAGAUCUCGAUAUGAUCAAAUUCAGCAGUGGUCUUUUGAAGGUUGCUGGUCAGCACUGCACCCAUCAGUUGUCACUCAUCUUCAAACAGAAAUAUAAUUUCAUGAUUUUAUGUUGGUUGACAUUGACUUAUAAGUCAUAAGUCCGUUUUUUUUAAUGCCAUCGCGCACAUGUUGAUUUUGUCCACCCACACCAGACGCGACCAGGACACGCAGGUUGAAAUAUCAAAACGAACUCUGAACCAACUAUAUUAAUUUGGGGACAGGUCAAAAAGCAUUAAAGAUCUAUGGCAAUUUAGCUAUCUAGCUUGCUGUUGCUAGCUAAUUUGCCCUGGGAUAUAAACAUUGGGUUGUUAUUUUACCUGAAAUGCGCAAGGUCCUCUACUCCAUCAACUAAUCCACAGAUAAAAGGGUAAACCGGGUUCGUUUUUACUAAUCUCUCCUCCUUCAGGCUUCUUCUUCUUCUUUGGACUUUAUAUGGCGGUUGGCAACCAACUUUCAAGUGCAUUACCACCACCAACUGGACUGGAGUGUGGACCUCAGUUCAUCUUUCAAUCACCCACAUGGGUAUAUGCUCCUAAAAACCAAUGAGGAGAUGGGAGAGGCGGGACUUGCAGCACGUCAAGCGUCACAAAUAUAACUAAGUUCUAUUUUAGUGCCUGGCUUGGCAGAUGCUCGUUGACGCGUGCGAGCAGUGUGGGUGCUACGAUUGAAUAACAUGUAUGUGUACAUUUAUUUUGCAACGCUUGCGCACCCGACGCUCGUGCACGCGACGCGGGCGGUGUGGUCAGCAUGUAAGGUGAAGACUGAUAGUCUGCAACUGUUGCUAAUCAUAGUCAUUCUAGAGGCUUGUACUAAACUAAAACUGUCCAGCCAUGUCUUGCAAUGUACUAAAUAUUUGUAAUAUGAAUACAAUAUAUUUGAAUGGAUUUAAUCCAAAUAGGCCCACCAGCAGGCAUUUGCAUAGUUCUGAGCAGAAUGGGACUCAGAUAGGAUCAAUUGAAGGCAGACCGUGGGGGAAAGUGGAUAUUUGUCAAAUCCGUUAUGAUUUUUGUAUUCUAACAGACCCACAAUGUGGUUACUAAAAACCGAUUUGGAAAUAUUUGGUUGUUUUUGCUGCAUAAUAUUUAGAAAUAGUCCUUUUCGGGGUUAGAAAAAAUGCUAACUCCCGUUCGUUUAAGCUGGUAGCAUAUAGUGGCCAUAUAGAAAGCAGUGGUGGUACUUGAAUAUGUUUUUGAGUGUAAUGCAGUUGAUUGGUGAUGAUGACAUAAGCAUGUAUUGGGGUUGACCUCUAUACAAGCAUUAUACUCUGAUUUUUACCCAAAAAUAGUGUGAAAUACAAUACACAUAUAAACAAUAGCCGAACAAUAGGCAACAUAUUAUACGGUGAAAUUAGGAGAUUCUGAAUCUUUUCCCCAUGGGGGGACACGUGAGUGGCGUUGCCAUGAUUUUUCCAUUGUUUUGGUCGAGUUUGAUUGAUCUCUUUACCGCAUCUAUUGUUCUCGACUGAAAGGGACAAUGGGUGAUUGAAGAGAAUGACAGAAAGAAAAAAAAUGUUUUAUUCAGGACAAGACUUGAUAUUAGAAAAUGUGCUUACACGGGGCAAUAUGAAGGUUUUUGUUUUGACAAAUGAAUGGCAGCAUGAAAGUCCUUUCAGAUAAAGAACAACUACUUGGUAAUAAGGCCUUCCAAUACUGUCCAUGUUAGUUUAGAAAGGUUUUUUCUUUAGGGUGCUAAUUACCACAAGGCUACAGCUGUGUGGGCGUACUGUAUGUGUACUGUAGGGUUCUUAACUUAAUCAAACACCUUUACUGCAUAUUUUUUUACGAUUCAGGGGAAGAUGCUGCUUUUGUAACACUUCAAAGUACAAUAUGUUACCUAUCUUUCUAGUUUUAUUCACUACAGAUGGUGUCGGUGUGUUACAAUGUGAGGACAACAUGAAACAACACAUCGUGUUUGUCUUCAUCAUAUUGUCCGAGACCAAAUAGACUGAACAGUAACAAGUGCCACUGUAUUGACCUUUGAUACUGUGACCCUGGACAUCCAAUUCCUCACCUUUAGAACAAAUGAUGAUAAAGUCAGUAAUAGACAGGAUGAUACAUUCUCUCUCUCUCUCUCUCUCUCUCUCUCUCUCCUCUCUCUCUCUCUCUCUCUCUCUCUCUCUCUCUCUCUCUCUCUCUCUCUCUCUCUCUCUAUCUACCUCUCUCUCUCUCUCUCUCUCUCUGCCUCUCUCUCUCUCUCUCUCUCUCUCUGCCUCUCUCUCUCUCUCUCCAUUGGAGGUUUGUCUCUCUUCUCUGCUGUUGAUCAUGUGGUAUGCAGCAGCACACCAUCACUCUCAAAUUAGGCAUAAUAUUGCUGUGUGUCUGGCUUUUGAGCAAACAACCCAAGUUCUCCCAAGACGCUUCAGUGUGAGUUAUCAGAAAACCUGAGUAAAGAGUGUUAGAUGGGUGUGUUUUUCUGGGAGAGCCACAUAAUGUAAUAACAACAACUACAUCAGAACUCUGCACAGGAAGUGACAGUUAUAUAACUGUCAUGUUUGUUGUUGUUAUGUAAUUAUCAAUGUUUUAUGCCCAUACUUUGAAACGUCUUUGACACAACAUUGACUUGGCCUUUUACGUUCAUAUAUAAGGUAUUUCUGUAGGCCUAUGUAUAGUGAAAAUAAAACAAUUUGUCAAAUUUGAAAUAUCAAUAUCAAAGUAACCCCAGGCAACAACCAUUAUGGCAAUCUGUUUUUGUUGUUUUUAUGACAGCAAAAUAAUGUAUUGUUCCUGAAAACCUUAUUGUAUGGAUUAUGCCAACAUAUUUCCCACCAACCAACCAAUGUUGACAUCUGCGAGAGGAAACACAAUCAAAAUGUUGGCUUUCAGCAGAGAAGGAAAGAGAAGUUGAAGGAAGCUCAUUAAAACGAUUAUUGCCAUCUUUUAAAAGAACAGUUGGGCUGGUAUUUAUUUCAGUGGAGAUAGGUUUUUGAACUGAUUCUCUGCCUAAUUGCCUGGAGUUGGCUGUCUGUCAGCUUCAUUUCAUUUUCAGCAAAUACAAGCUGUAAAUUAGUGUUAAUGAAAAUCUGGGAAGGAAUCAACAAGGAGAUAGUAGAGGCAGAACGUACUCCAGAGCCUGACGAUGAAGCUGGGAAAAAGUCACUUCUGGGGGAGAGAGAAAAAUAAAACAUUUCAAGUUGUAUCAGAAGUGUGAUUUGUUGUGCUGUCUUCUUUUGGAAAGCUUCACCGAGUUAACUGAAACCUUCAGGGUCGUAUUGAUCAAGAGCAAUUGAAUGUGUUAAAUAGUUCUCUAUCCCUUGAUGGAAAUGAUUCCUCUUUCAGAGCUGUGUAGAUGUAGACCUUACCUCACAUUUCCUGUUGAUUCGAAGUGAGUGCAGUUUGUUGCAGUGUUUACUGAAUAAUUAAUGAAUUUGCCUCAGAUUUAUACCGCCUUUCAUCUGCCUUGGCUGUUUUACAUUUUUUCCCGGCGAGCUAAAAAGGGGUCCAAAGAGAUUGGGAGGGAGGGAAGGACAUAGGGGUUUUAAAAGACAUAGAAUCCAGCACAGCCAAGUGGAACUGACUGUCAAGACCCAUAAAAUAAGCCUUUCGUUAGACGUUAAUGAGGGAACAUUUACAUACAUUUAUCUACACUCAAACCCCUUUUUAUUUAGCCUGAAUCAUUGAAAAACAUGCCCAAAUAUAUUUACACACAUUUGUUGAAAUGCUAAAUGAGAUUAUAUGUAUCCUAUGUGUAGUUGAUAAUUAAUGCAUUAAUUAAUUCAAGUAAUCAUGAUUGCAUUAACGAUGAUGAUUAAUCCUCAUUGUUGGUAUCGUUGAUCAUAGAAAUUGUUCGAGGCAGUGCACAUCAUUAGUCCUAAUUGCCUACUAAUAAUAGCAUCAAUUGAUGAGGUAUUUACAGAAGUCCCAUUGCACAGUCUUAAUAAAGACUCAUGGAACCAUAGUAGUCUAUUAAUGAGGACUAGAAUGAUCUGAUGCAAUCUGCAUGUUCUGUAUUGCAGUGCUGUAGUUUAGCAUUAGUGUUAUAAUACUGUAAUAAUAAUGAAUUGAAUUUAUUUUCCAGACGCUCAAAGAGAUUUACAUUGUACAGGGGAAACUCACCUCAUCCACUACUACCAAUGUGUAGCAUCCACCUUUACUGUGCUCUUAGGUCUAAUGUGUUUGAGUGCUCAGUUUGGUUGGACUUGCAUCCACUAAAAAACAUUAGCUAAAUUAUAAAAAAAUAUUAUAUUAUUAUUUCUGUAAUGUUUCUCCCUCUCCUCUUCUUUUGCAGUCCUACCCAGUGCCCAGUUUGGGGGAUGAAGACUUCAACAUUCCCCCUAUCACGCCUCCCACCAUCCCAGAACACAUGCUGCACCCCCACCUACCAGAGUCUGAGUCUGGCUCCUACCACCCGCUGGCCCCCUCUCACUCCCAGAGUGGCCUGCACCCCUUCCACCUGCAGGGAAUGGACAUGAUGGGCCAGGAUGGAGGGCUGUUGAGCCAAAAUGGUGGCCUAAUGUCCAGCACCCUGUCUGUGGUGAGUCUAGCCUGA